UAAAAGCUCUGCAGCCCAUGUUACCCUCAGCACUUCCAUCACCAUGAGGGCGACAGUGGCAGCUCUUCUCCUGUGUCUUGUGGUAUCAGCAUGCCGCAGCCAAGAGACUCCACCUGGCCCUCCUGGACCAACUGAGGGGCCACAACCAACUGGUCCACCAGGUCCACCAACUGGAGGUCCUGAUCCAACUGGUCAACCAACUGGGGGUCCUGAACCAACUGGACCACCAGGUCCACCAACUGGAGGUCCUGAACCAACUGGAGAGCCCCAACCAACUGGAGGGCCACAACCAACUGGUGGCCCUGAACCAACUGGUGAACCUCAGCCUACUGGAGGGCCUCAACCUACUGGACCACCAGGACCAGCUGGCAGUUUUUAGCCUGGUGUUUUCAAGUGAUGCAAGAUUAGCGCACCUGGAAACGUUAUAUGAUUUCAGCUUUUUGACUUUAACUGUAUUAAUUGAUGGAAGUGUUCUUAUGUCUCAUAAAAAUCAGUUCUGAUUAAACCAGCAAUGAAAAAGCUACACAAGAGAUUUA